UUUGUAUCAACCAACUUGAUAUGUCUACCUUGUAAUAGGUAAGAGCUAUCUUAGGUGCAUCAGUAUAAAAUAAUCAGGAAUAAAAUGAAUCUGAAACACGUGUUUUAUAUUUUAGUCCAGCACUAAAGCACCAUAGACUCCACAAAGUCCCCCAACUCUAACGUUUGAUUUCCCCACCUCACAUAUUUUAUUUCAUCCAUUAUUGUACACCUGCCGUCAGAGGCCCACAUUCGCUUUCAACAUAAAAAUAGAUUACCUACCUCCCAUAACCAUAUAGGACCAUAACCAAACAUCAAUCUCAUCACAGCUCAAUUCAAUCAAAAGCAAAAAUGUCACCCCCUCCAACCAAAGCAACCGUUCUCAUCUCCGGUACGGGCACCAAUCUUCAAGCUCUCAUCGAUGCUUCGCAAGGGACCAAUGACGCGCAACCUACCAUGCCGUAUUUGAACAUAAUUCGAGUUAUCUCAAAUCGAAAGGGCGUGGAAGGACUAAAGAAGGCAGAAAGAGCUCACAUCCCAACUACAUAUCACAAUUUGUUGGCUGGAAAGUAUCACAAAAAAGAUGAGAGGGAUCCCGCGGUGAUACAAGCUGCACGAGAAAAGUAUGAUGCGGACCUUGCGGAUCUCGUGAUUGCGGAUCAACCUGAUAUUGUAAGUCAAUUACCUUUACUAUCAUUUAUAUCUACCCGCUUCAAUGUUCACCACCAUCGAAAUGGUUCUAACAAUCGCCAGAUUAUCUGUGCUGGUUGGAUGCAUAUCCUCGCACCAACAUUCAUUGACCCCUUAACUGCAAAAGAGAUACCCAUCAUAAACCUUCAUCCUGCACUUCCAGGAAAAUAUGAUGGGGCUAAUGCUAUUAAACGGGCACAUGAUGACUUUGAACUGGGCAGGUUGGAGAAUAACAGGACGGGCAUAAUGAUCCAUUAUGUGAUUAGUGAAGUCGAUCGAGGAACACCAAUAUUGGUUAUAGAAGUGGAGUGUAAGAGUUCCGAAACUUUAGAAAAGCUCGAGGCGAGAAUGCACGAAGUGGAACACAAACUUAUCGUUGAGGGGUCGGCGAUGGCAAUAAAAGAGCUCUGGGCUCAGAGAAGUAGUGUAAACGCUUGAAAUUGUUAUUUUAAGAAUAGCUUUUAUUAAUAACGCCCCUUUGCACAUUGCUUAG